AUGGACGUCCCUGAAGACCGGUUCUUCGGCAACCGAACGCCAGAGCGUUCCGAAACAAACUCGCCAAGAUCGCAAAUGAGUAGUCCUAAUUCAACAUCAUCAAUAAAUGUCACAGACCAAUCAAUAUCUUUAUCGCAGCAUCAGCAAAAUUUAGAGACAUUGAAUCGGAUGGGCAUGUUUUUUCACGCUCAGCAAAUGCAUUUGAAUCAGAGUUUUGACGCGGUUAAAUCUAGAUUAGCGUUUACACAAGUGCCUAGUGUUAGUCAGGGGCCCAGACACACGAUUGACGCUAUUUUGGGGCUGAACGGUGGGAGACCGGUAAGAGUGCAGAGUGAGUUUGAGCAGAGGACGGAGAGGGAGUGCGAGCCGGUGCCUGUCUCGCCCGGGGCCGUCGAAAGUGCUGGCGAGGGUUCCUGCAACAGUAACGACGGGUACAGCCAGCGAACUCCCCCUGACGACAAGUCCCCCCCCGGCUCUGACGACGACGCGCCCCGCCCUGGAUCCGCGGCGGACAACAAGAAGAAACAUAGAAGAAAUAGGACGACGUUCACGACGUAUCAGCUGCAUGAGUUGGAGAGGGCGUUCGAGAAGAGUCACUACCCUGAUGUGUAUUCGAGAGAAGAGUUGGCGAUGAAGGUCAACCUGCCUGAGGUUAGAGUGCAGGUCUGGUUCCAAAACCGUCGGGCGAAAUGGCGUCGCCAGGAGAAGAUGGAGGCGGCCCGGCUGGGGCUGUCGGAGUACGGCUGCGGAGCUGGUGGUGGAAUACCCAGGCUUAGUGGUCUGGGUCUCCCCGUAGACCCGUGGUUGGCUCCACCGCUGCUGACUGCUUUACCUGGCUUCCUCAGCCAUCCGCCGUCAGGGUACCCCAGCUACCUGACCCCGCCGGCCCCCGCGCCCACCGCCCCGCCCGCCCCGCCCGACCCGCGCUCCUCCUCCAUCGCGGCCCUCAGAAUGAAGGCUAAAGAACACGUCGAAAGUCUCAGCAAAGGACUCCAGAUGGUGUAA